CCGCACUUCUGACGCGCUUUCGUCUCGUUUUCUGCGUGUGCCGUAGCUUCUUCAUCGCCGGCUGCCCCAUGGACAAUCCCCGUGUCCGCCAUAUUCAUUCCUGCGCGCGCCAAUCGCACUUUACCUCCAUCUAAGCUCCGCCGCCGCCGCCGCCGCAAUGUCGUCACACCUCACCCGCGUCGUCUUCCGCAGCAUCAUCGCCAACGAACCCCUCCUCUACCGGGGAUGUCGACUCCGAGCCCGACCGUCCACCAUACCCCACCAUGGCAUGCGCGCACUGCCCCAAGUCCAGCAGCGGCGGACCUUUCUCAAGAACCUGGCCAUCUUCAAGCAACAGCGCAAACUCAAGCCCAUGGAGAUGCCGCCCGGCUUGGACAAGCUGUCCGACUUAGCCCAUGCCCAAGGCACUGCUGUGCGACCACCACCUGCGAAGGACAUCGCUGCGGCAAUCAAGGCCUUCUUUGCGCAGAGGAAGGGGACUUUCGAACAGUUUCACAUCCUGUUAGCCGACACGGCCUUCAAACACCUCAUGGAUAACCCGCAGGAGAGCGGGGAGCCUUGGUUCACUGAGAAGGAGCUUCUAAGUGACAUCUUCCGCCGCGGCCUUCUCAAAGCAAAGCAGCCCGACUCGGAUGUACAGAACCACAUCGACUUCGGUCUGUCCGUACUAGCAGAGGUUACCAGAAUCAGGGGGUUGGAAAAGGGAGAACAGGAAAAGACGUCAGUUGAGCUGGAGAAAGUACAACUGCUGUCGCGGUACGGUGCUGCCACAAAAGCGCGGGAUAUCGCCGUCGAAGGACACAAGUUCGACGCCAAUGCAACCGUCGCUCAAAAAGCCUUUUCGAAAAAUAUUUGGAAGACCAUGCUCCUUGGUAUAGCGCGUGAGGGCAAUGUGGAGGAGAUGUUGAAGACCGUUGAGUUGCUGCAAGAAUGUUUUGUACCCCUGGUGCCGUCCAUGCGGAGAACGCUCGUGAACUUUUUCGCAGAACACAAUGACUUGGAACGAGCAAAGCACUGGUACUCGCAACCGGUUUACAGAAAAGAAGGCAGUGAAGACUCCGACUCUCACGAUGGUGCUCAUAUUGCCCUGCUGAAAGCAUGCGCAUUGAGUGGCGACCUGACUUUUGGUCACCAAGUUGUGGCUUCGUUGCUCAAGGGCGCCAUGCCGAACAAGGAAGCCUGGGACGCUAUCUUCCUCUGGUCUACUGCUAUUGGCAAGGGUGUCGACGAGGUGGACCGCAUGAUGACUGUUAUGAUUCGACGUAAUGACGAGGCGCGGCAAAAAGAUCCCUCCUUGCCCCCCAUGGAACCUGAUAUUGAGACCAUCAAUGCUCUGGUCGAGUUUUCCAUGUCGAGGCAGGACCCUUACUCGGCUGAGCGCUACAUAGUACUCGGAGAGAAGCGAGGCAUUGAGCCUAACGAGAAAACGUUUACCAUGCAGAUGCAAUACCGUCUCUCAGUGAAAGAUAUCGAUGGGGCAAGAGCUGCGUACUACAACUUGCAAGGCAACUUUGCUGGAUCUGAAGAGAGUGUGGCGGUCAUCAACCGACUCGUCCAAGCUCUGUGCCAGUCAAAACAACACCACUUCGACGACAUAAUGGCUAUCGUGGAUGACCUGCACGAGCGAAAGGCCCACUUCGAACCAGAAACUGUCGGGGUACUGUGUGUCCUUCAUCUCCGUCGAAACGAGGUAGUGGAUGCUCAGGAUUUACUCCAAGUACACGCCCAUCAGUACUCUCCGCCACAGCGCAGUAUAAUUCGAAAAGCUCUCCAAGCGUUUUUGAUGGACGGCGAGACCAGCACAGCAGAUGCUUGGGACACUUACCAGAUUCUGCGCAACGUAUUCAGCGAAACCACGCGCGACGACCGCAUUCCCAUUAUGAACGAGUUCUUCGCACGAGAGCGCUCUGAUAUGGCUUGCCAUGUCUUCUUCCACAUGCGCAACCACGUUGGCAGACUCCAGGUUGCCAACCGAGACGUUUAUGUUGCUGCUUUCACUGGCUUUGCGCGUUGCGCAGAUGCGGAAUCCCUUGAGCUUGCACACAACCAACUCAAAUUAGACUUGAACGUUGACAUGGAUACGCGACUGCGCAACUCGCUGAUGCUUGCCUAUGGUGCGACUGGAAACAACAAGAAAGCGCUACAAUUUUGGAGGGAGAUUUGCGAGAGCAAGGAGGGUCCUUCGUAUAAUAGUAUCAGCAUCGCGUUUCGCUCCUGUGAGGGUAUGCCAUGGGGAGAUGAGCACGCCAAGUCGAUAUGGGCGCGUCUGAAAGAGCAGGAUGUGGAGAUUGACAAGAACAUAUGGACGGCAUACAUGUCUGCGAUAUCUAGAAACCAUCUCCACGACGAGGCGCAGGCGCUUGUGGAAACUGUGGAAGACGAGUAUGGUUUCACGCCUGAUCUCGCCAUUCUGGGCAGCUGGUUCAAUACGACGACCAAUAUCGAAAGACAGGGACAGGUCGAGGAGUGGAUCAAGCAACGGUACCCUGACGUGUGGAAGGAGAUGGACGCCCUGGGGCAUUGGGUCACGAUGGAUGGGUUUGGGUACCGGCAGUACAACAUCAAUCGCAAUUUAGAUCCGUAAAAGAGGCGUAUGGCAUGUAAAAGAAAGAAUCGCAAGAGUUGACAACAAACGAAGAAUGUUGUUGCAAGUCACUUCGUUCAAAGUCAUUACCUGUAGUCGAGACUAAUCGUUGCUACGCUCUGCUGGCCCAUACUAUCGGGCCUGCUUCACCUCCCCUCACUCGUCUUCGUUUGUUCAUCUCUCACUUGGGUUUCAC